AGAGACAAAAGUAUAAAAGCUAGGCCCAUGGGUGCUUGAGUAGUCGUCACACAUCUGUGGAACAGUUGCCAACGCAGCGCAAAGGUAUAAAUCAAAAUGGCAUUUGCUGGAAUUCUCAAGGACGAGGAUGUGGCUGCAGCCCUUAAGGAUUGCGCUGCUGCUGACUCCUUCAACUACAAGACCUUUUUCGCCAAGGUUGGCCUGAGUGCAAAGACUCCCGAAGACAUCAAGAAGGCCUUCUUUGUCAUUGACCAGGACAAGAGUGGCUUCAUUGAGGAGGAUGAGCUGAAACUGUUCCUGCAGAACUUCUCCGCUGGCGCCAGGGCACUGACUGAUGCUGAGACCAAGGCCUUCCUCUCAGCUGGUGACAGCGAUGGUGACGGCAAAAUCGGAGUUGAUGAGUUUGCUUUGCUUGUAAAGGCCUAAGCAUUCAUGGACCCUUCUCUUUGGAACCAGAGCUAUGCUUACCUAUCAUCUUUUUUAUAUUUAUUUAUGAAUGCCCUGCAAACUCCUCCUUUCAAAGAACGCACGUUCAAUGUCUUGAAAAGCUAUUUAUUAUUAAUGUUGUUUCAUUGCAUUGUAUUGUUCUGUAAAAAACCUUUUGUGUGCAAGCCUACAAUCUCUUUUGCACUUUAAGGAAAUAAAAAUACAUUUGAUUUAAAACAA